AUGGAAGACAUAAUAAUAAUUGGUAGUGGGCCAGCGGCGUAUAGUGCAGCUUUGUAUACAAUGGAUAGAAAACCUGUUUUGUAUGAAGGAAGGCUUGUUGGUAAUAAUGGACCUGGUGGACAGCUGACUACGACUACAGCUGUGGAUAAUUAUCCUGGGUUUCCUGAUGGAACGAAUGGACCUAGGAUGAUGGAGUUAAUGAAGGAGCAGGCACUGUCUAGAGGAUUGCGGAUUGUUGAGGAGACAGUCAGCGAGAUUAGGAGGAUUGGAGAUGAGUUUAUUGUUGUUAGCGAGUUUGGAGAGGAGCGACUAACAAGAAGUGUGAUAGUAGCGACUGGAGCAUCUGCAAGAAGGCUUUUUGUGACGGGCACUGGAGAUGAUGAGUUCUGGCAGCGAGGGGUGAGCUCGUGUGCGGUGUGCGAUGGAUUUGCAUAUGUGAAUAAGGUGGUGUGUGUUAUUGGAGGAGGUGAUGCAGCAAUGGAGGAGGCACUGUACCUGGCGAGUAUUGCAAAGAAGGUGUAUGUCAUACACAGAAGGAAUGAGUUCCGUGCACGAUGGGACAUGGUUGAGAAGGCAAGGAAGGCAAAGAAUGUGGAGUUUCUGAUUCCAUAUGUGCUUGAGAGAGUGAGUGGAACGAGCGUGGUUGAGAGGAUCCAUAUUCGAAACACACAGACAGGAGAGGAGAACAGUAUGGAGAUGGAUGGCGUAUUCUUUGGGAUUGGACAUGAUCCUAACACUGGGUUUUUGAGUGGAAGUGGAGUUGAGCUUGAAGAGGACGGAUAUAUUGCAACAAGGGAUGGGGUUUUUACGAGUGUUAAGGGGAUAUUUGCAGCAGGAGAUGUAUGUGACAAGAAGUACCGACAGGCAGUGACAGCGGCAUGCUCUGGAGCGGAGAGUGGAAUACGAGUGAAUGAGUACUUGGAUAUGGAAUAA